AUGUUUUCCUGGCUACCGAAGCGUCCCCACUCCAACCUCAACGACCACCAUCUCAGUCCGACGAACCGGAAAUUGUUGGCCGACCACUUGCAGAGGAUGUACAAGGAGAAGCUGGCACCGUUGGAGCAGUACACAAGUUUCCACCACUUCCAUUCCUUUCGGAUCGAAGAUUCGGAUUUCAGUGCCAAACCCAUGAUUCUUCUAAUUGGCCAGUAUUCUACUGGCAAGACAACCUUUAUUAGGUCUAUCAUUGAACAGGAUUACCCCGGUAUGAGAAUCGGUCCAGAACCGACAACCGACAACUUCACGAUUAUAUCCGACGGGCCGACCGAGUCGAUUAUACCUGGGAAUGCUCUGGUGUCUGAUAAGUCCUUGCCCUAUGGACAACUGGCAAAAUUCGGGAACGCCUUUCUGAACCGCCUGCAGAUGUCCACGGUCCCAUCUCCAGUAUUGGAGAACGUGGUCUUCAUCGACACGCCGGGUGUGGCAGCCGGCAUGAAGCACCACAAAGUGCAGCGUGGCUAUGACUUCACUGAGGUCAUUGCAUGGUUCGCCAGUCACGCGGACCGGGUCAUCUUGUUUUUCGACGCCUGCAAACUGGACAUCUCUGAUGAGUUCAAGAAGGUCAUUGAGAUCGUCAGAGACAACGACGAAAAAAUUCGCGUGGUCUUCAACAAGGCUGACCUACUUACAGAGCAGGAGCUGAUGCGAAGCUACGGGGCCAUAAUGUGGUUUCUAGGUCGGGCAUUGCCCUUCCCAGAGCCGUCUAGACUGUACGUCUCGAGUUUUUGGUCUGGCGAAAUGAGGUCAGUCGAGAACAGGGCACUCCUGGAAAGCGAGGCGCAGGACUUGUACCAAGACCUGCAAGCCCUUCCAAGGUCUUCUGCCCUCAGAAAGAUCAAUGACCUCGCCAAGAGGGCCAGACUUGUCAAGGUCCAUGCCUACCUGAUGGCCGAGCUGUACAACCGCCUGCCGGCCUCGUCAGUCAUCGGACGGAAGUUGAACGACUUCUUGGGUAACAACGUCCUCAAGAAAACGAGGGAGAACCUGGCCAACAGUCUGCCUGAGAUCUACGAGAAGUUAGAGAGAAAGUUGGAUUUAAGUUUCGGUGACUUCCCGAUCUUGAAUGUCUUCAAGGAGAGAUUGCUGGCGUGUGACUUUGAAACGAAACUGGUCCCCCUGCGGCAGUCCCUCAUUGACGAGGUCGACAAUAUGUUGAAUUCCCAUUCAAAUCCCCUCAUGUCGGCCAUCUUUGAUUUUUUCAGUCUGAAAAACACGGAAGUCAGUCGAGGAGGAACUCUGAAAAGCGUCAUCUCAGCUGGAGCCAACAGCCCCUCCCCCUUCGAGGAACAAAAUGCCGACCUGCCCUGGGCCAUCGACCUUAGCAGGAGGGCCAAGUACAACGAAACAUUCGUUAAAAUUAAAAGUGAAGACGGGAAAGUUAGCGGAGCUUCGGUUCGCGAAGAACUCCUCAAGACAAAACUUCCGAAUUCAGUCCUGGCGAAGAUUUGGAGACUUUCCGAUAUGGACAACGACAACUGCCUGGACGAGGAAGAGUUUGCAGUGGCGAUGUACCUGGCCGAAAUGAAACUGAAAGGACACGACUUGCCGAAUUUCUCAGCUCUCCCGAUCCAUCUGGUGCCUCCGAGUAAAAGACACCUCUUCGAAUUUUGA